AUGUCUGAGCUCGCCGGCGCCAAUUUGAACCAGGGCCAUACAACAGGCAAUACCAACUACCGCUUAUGCGAUUACAACCCAGAUACAGCAGCCCCAGACAGUGACAAUGGCUGUGGUGCCCACACUAACUACGGCACCUUCAGCAUCAUUUUUCAAGAUGGCACGCCAGGGCUUGGGAUAGAGGACGCAAAGCAACCCGGACGGUGGAUACAAGUACCCGGAGACGGAACUAUCAUUCUUGCAGGCUGGUGCACUGUCAUCUUGACCGGGGGUUGCAUUCAGGCAACUCGCCAUCGGGUUCGACGUACACCAGGUGUGCGAAGAUUGAGUGCUGUUCUAUUUGUGGCUCCAGAUCUCGAUAUAGAGCUCAAGCCUCUUGAGGGUUUCUGCUUAAGUCGCGCGUUCUCAGACAAGAUCAUGACAGGCGGAGUCGACGUGAAGUGGUUCAAGGAUGUUAUGGGAAAGAAGUGGGGACAUCGUGAAGGUAAUGAGGAACCUGACAAGUAUGAGGCAGCAGCACAAGAUGAAAUCAUUGAGAAGUUGGUAUGGGACUGA